AUUAAUAGUAAUUUUGUGAUGGUGCUCUCCUGUCCGAUGGCUUGCUGAGAGAUGAUUUUAUGGUUUUAGAUCAUUCAUAACUUUUGAUAGGAUAGAGAAGAAAAGAAAGUACCAAGAUGACACAGAUUGUAAAGUCUGGUUACUUGAAGCGGUAUAGUAAGAGUAUGUUCUCUGGAGGCUGGCAGACUGUAUGGGUAAUCCUGUAUAGUGAUAGCAACCUUGUAAUCUACAAACGUCAAGGUGACAAUGAGGUCAAAGGCAAAGUUCACAUGAAGGAUGUAUCCAAGAGAUUUGCCUUUGGAACCUACACUGAUGGUAUGGAGGGACGUCCACAGGUUCCAUCAGGUACUUCUUACAGCCAAAUGUUGGCUGUCCCGACCAGAAACAAUAGCAAGGCAAAGAUAUACUGGUUCCUGGCCGCAAGUGAUGCAGAACUCCAUGAGUGGAUGACAGCCAUAUGCAGCACUCUUCCACCUCCACCACAGCAUCACUCUCAAAAAAGUCAGCAGGCACCCAUACAGGCCCAGACUGCUCCACAAACUCAUGCUCAGUACCCGCCUCAGCCUCAGCCUGGUUAUGGAGGGGCUGCCCCUCCCCCAUACUCUGCAGCCCCUCCGGCCCCAGGGGGAAUAGGCUUUGAUGGAUAUGCAGGUGGCUAUCCACAACAACCUCAGCCAGGGGGUGUGCCAUAUCCUCAGGCCCCUUACCAGCCUAGUCCCUACCCACAACAGCCAGGGUAUGGCCCUCCCCCACCGCAGCAGUAUGCCCCACCCCCUCAAGGCUACCCCCAGCAGCAAUAUCAGCCCUACCCUCAGCAAGGAUAUGCCCCCCAACCAGCUUAUGGUUACCAACAACAAAGAUAUGCACCCCCACCCCAACAACAGCCCCAAGUAGUGUAUGUACAGCAAGGAAGUAAAAAGAAAAGUGGCGGACUUGGAGGACUUGGAGGGAGCAAUGCUACAAAAAUGGCAGCAGGUUUAAUUGGUGGUGCUGCCCUAGGUUACGGUGCAUCUAGAAUGAUGGGAGGUGGUUUUGGAGGAUGGGGAUUUGGUCGCCAUGGCAGUUGGAGCUCUCUCAGCAGUUUUGGAAGUUGUGGAAGUUUUGGUAGUUUUGGUAGCUUUGAUUAAGUGUAUCUUCUGUAUGAAAUUGCUUCCUGUUGAAGCCUGAAUUAUUUAUAACUCUGUACAACUUAAAAAGUGAUUCAACUGUGAAGAUGUCAAAGAUAAAUUUGUUUCAUGUGGAAGCUUUAGUGAAAUAUAAACUUACCUGUACAAGAUCUGUAUCCAAGCUAUCUCAGUGAUAUUUUGUCCAUACUACCAUUACACACUAAUGCUUUAAGAUAGAAUCAACUUUCCACAAAGCUAGAAAAUAUAGCAACAUUUUAUUGUAAAAAGUCUAUAAUUCUAAGCAUUCUGAUUCCCUACAAAUCACAUGUUAUAUGGUCUUAACUCAAAUAUUCCCCACCAAUAGGAGACAAAAUUUAAUCAGUUAUAUGUCUGCAGUGUCCGUAUGACAGUAUCAAUAUUUGUUUUUGCUGUCUUCCUGAAUUUUGAAUUCAAUCAUUCUAUCACUAAGUGGAAAAUUCAUACGUUAAUGAUAUUAACACCAUAUAUAAAAUUGUUUAAAACAUUUUAUUUUUUUGUAAUUACUGUAUGUGCAUUGUGUAUCAGUGUAAAAUUUAUCAUCUGAGGAGUCCAUGUAAGAUUAUGAUGGAAUAAUAGGGCAUCCCUUCAAUAUAUAGUAGACAAGAGGCAAAACUUUCUACUUUGAAUCAGCCUACUAUCCCAGAGUAUGACCUGUCUUCCACUCUAAUGAGUGUAUUGUACUCUUAGAUAUUAUGUUAAGUAUGAUUGCUGGUACACGAAGAUCUUUCACUAUAAUAGGGGAUUACUGCUUUCAGAUAUUAUUAGUAUGUAAACAUAUAUAUACAGACAUUAUUUAUCUUUUGUUUAUCAGUCAUUAUGAUUGUACCAGAUUAUAACGGGUUAAAGGAUCAUUUUUUAUAAGAAGAAAGUCCUCAAAAUUGAUAUUUCAAAUAGUUUAUGUCUGAUGUUGAUUCAGUGUUUGAAAAGAAAAAUUAAGUUUUUAUAAUCAGAUAUAUAUUUAAUAAAAUACAUUUCAUACAGAGUUCUUCUCAUUGUGAUACAUGUGUAAUUGAAAAAUUUGUGUUUGAAAGACUUUAGUAUGAAUACAGUAUUAGUAUUUAAGUAGAGUGAAUCUACUACAUAUUAUAUUAUCAUUAUGGCUGCUUUAUUAUAGACACAGUCUGUACAAAGCUUAUUAGUAUGUCAAUCUAAUACACUAAAGUAGAAACUCGUAACAAACCUUGUGAAAUGUGAAGUUUGAUACAGUUUAGGGAAGUAGUCAGACACUCUAGUUUUCCUUGUGAAAUGUGAAGUUUGAUACAGUUUAGGGAAGUAGUCAGACACUCUAGUUUUCCUUGUGAAAUGUGAAGUUUGAUACAGUUUAGGGAAGUAGUCAGACACUCUAGUUUUCCUUGUGAAAUGUGAAGUUUGAUACAGUUUAGGGAAGUAGUCAGACACUCUAGUUUUCCUUGUGAAAUGUGAAGUUUGAUACAGUUUAGGGAAGUAGUCAGACACUCUAGUUUUCCUUGAGAAAUGUGAUGUUUGAUACAGUUGACAGUGUGUUGUAUGAACAGUGUUUACAACCUGGUGGUUCUGUUGACUCUACAUGCUUUGUGAGUUAACUUUCAUGACAUUAAAUCAAUUCAAUGUUUGAAUUACAGUUUCCUUAACGAUAGAGGUCUCUCGAUGUAUAGGUAUAUGUACAUGUAUCAACAAAAUGUUAAAAGUCUCAUUCAGUUAGAUGGUCUAGUAAAUAAUAGAUAUGGUAUAACCAUAGGUACUGGAUUCAAAUAGCCUGUGUAUUACUCAUUGUAUAAAAGGUAGCAGAGAUCUAGAAAUAACAAUGUGACCACAUAGAUCUCAGGUGUUAAUUUCAGUUCAACACAGAUCACAUCAACAUGAGUCCUCGACAGACCAACAGGUGUCACUGUCAUACCUACAGGUGUAAUUACCAGAUCUACAGGUGUCACUGUUUGAUCAACAGGUGUAAUUACUAGAUCUACAGGUGUCACUGUCAGGUCAACAGGUGUAACUACCAGAUCUAUAGGUGUCACUGUCAGAUCAACAUGUGUAAUUACUAGAUCUACAGGUGUCACUGUCAGGUCAACAGGUGUAAUUACCAGAUCUACAGGUGUCACUGUCAGGUCAACAGGUGUAAUUACCAGAUCUACAGGUGUCGCUGUCAUACCUACAGGUGUAAUUACCAGAUCUACAGGUGUCACUGUCAGGUCAACAGGUGUAAUUACCAGAUCUACAGGUGUCAAUAUCAGGUCAACAUGUGUAAUUACCGGAUCUACAGGUGUCACUGUUUGAUCAACAUGUGUAAUUACCACAUCUACAGGUGUCACUGUCAGGUCACCAGGUGUAACUUUCAUAUCUACAAGUGUCACUGUCAGGUCAACAGGUGGCAUUUUCAGAUUACACACAUCAGUUUUUAAUCAGCUUUUGUCACUAUCAGAUCAACAAGUCCUGGUCAGAUCAACAGUAAUCACUGUUUUAUCAACAGGUGACAUUGUCAAAUUACUCGAAUAACUGUUAAAUUAACACAUGUACAGUUGACAUUGUCAAAUGUAGUUGUUACUGUCCCGUUUUCUUCUAAAAAUCCAAAGUCCUUUCAAAGAUGUUUUUCAGUUCAGUGCCAAACAUUGCCCCUAGUUUGGAAAUCAUUUGCUGGUAUAUGAAAAUUAUUUAUUUGUUCAGAGGACUUGGAAAUUGUAGAUUAAUUAGUAAAAGUAAAAAUGUAUUUUGUCAGAUGUCAUUAGAGAAAUCACUAUAUCACUAGGUGUUAGUAUGAUAGGUAAACAUGUAACAGGUGAAUUUUAGAAAAAAAAAACACAUUUUCAUGACAUUGAAGAUUUAUUUUAAGUAUAAUAUUGUUUUAAGGAAUAUUUUUUAUUAACUUGCUGCUUUCCAUGUGAUUUUGUUUUAGAGACAUAGCUGGGUUGUUAUUUUAUAUUAUGUUAAUCAAUGGAGGACACUAUCUCAGUUUGUAGAGGUUGGUUUAUACAAACUCAAGUGAAGACCUGAUUGUGUUCGGUUUGAUCUUUUCCAGGGCAGUUAUUGUUUCUCAGGAAACUGCUGUCAUGAUUGUGUCCAUUAUUUUACCUCAGUUGCUCUGAAUAUCAUGCUACAGGCCUCUCACAUGAUGUUCAAUGUGGUAGCUAUCAGCUCCAAAUAUUAAUUCACAUAUUUUUACUGCUGUGUUUGAAGAUGCCAUCUUUAUACCUAGAUUUCUAUGUAAAUCUGAAUACUCUUUAUAGAAUUAGAAAUUAUUAGUUGCUGACUCAGUGAUAUGUUUAUAGAAGAAAUGAGCCAAAUGUUGAUUUAAUAAGAUCUGAACAGACUGUGCUUUGAAAAAUAUUAAAUUGUUAUUGUCAUAUCUGGUACCUUUGACAAAACUAACAACACAUAUAUUCCACUGCAAAUGAGGUUGCCAUUUUUUUCAUCCUUGCUUGAUGUUUCAGGCCAUCAUUCAAGUGUAUAAACCAUGGCAAGACUGAAAUUGUAACAAAGUAAUUAAGUCACUCAUAGAUUGUGUUGUAUUUGUAUAAGUCAUGGGAUGGCACAGUUAAUAACAGCCAGCAAUAGCUUCUUGUUGUUAUAUAAACUAUAUCUCUAUGUUACAUUAGUUAUACAUCUUUAGUAAACAAACGACUGAGAAGUUACUGUAAACAAGCUAGUACUUAUUGUUGUUAGUUGUGGAUCUUUACUAAACAAACAGCUAGAAGUUACUGUAAACAAGCUAGUACUUAUUGUUGUUAGUCGUUGAUCUUUAGUAAACAAAUGACUGAGAAGUUACUGUAAACAAGCUAGUACUUAUUCUUAGUCGUGGAUCUUUAGUAAACAAAUGACUGAGAAGUUACUGUAAACAAGCUAGUACUUAUUCUUAGUCGUGGAUCUUUAGUAAACAAACGGCUAGAAGUUACUGUAAACAAGCUAGUACUUGAGUUACAUUCUGUCCUUGAACAGGAAUCCAUUUGAGUCUAAAUACAUGUAUAUACUGUAGUUUGUAGAAACUUGUGUUAGAUCAUAGUAAGCCUUGUGGUAUAUUUCAUUUUUUAACUAUCCCUUGCAUCUCAAUCAUGAUAUAACUUACCCAUAAAAUCAAGGUGGAUGUAACUUAACUUCUAGACCUGACCCUGUACUUAUAGCCUUUCUAUGACCUACAGGUUUGUUUAAGUAUCCUUUACCUUACAUUCUGUCAGGAUGGUUGUAGCCAAAAUGUGACCUUAAAAUUCUGUCAGGUUGUUGAAGCCAAGUCCAAGUUUUUUUGUCAGACUGGUGGUAUCUGAGUCCAGACCUUUGACUUCUGUCAAGGUUAUUGUAUCUCAGUCAUGACCUUUGACUUCUGUCAAGGUUAUUGUAAUUCAGUCAUGACCUUUGACUUCUGUCAAGGUUAUUGUAUCUCAGUCAUGACCUUUGACUUCUGUCAAGGUUAUUGUAAUUCAGUCAUGACCUUUGACUUCUGUCAAGGUUAUUGUAUCUCAGUCAUGACCUUUGACUUCUGUCAAGGUUAUUGUAUCUCAGUCAUGACCUUUGACUUCUGUCAAGGUUAUUGUAAUUCAGUCAUGACCUUUGACUUCUGUCAAGGUUAUUGUAUCUCAGUCAUGACCUUUGACUUCUGUCAAGGUUGUUGUAUCUCAGUCGUGACCAUUGACUUCUGUCAAGGUUAUUGUAUCUCAGUCAUGACCUUUGACUUCUGUCAUGGUUAUCAUAUCUCAGUCAUGACCUUGAUGGUAGUUGUUGCAAACUCAUUACCUUGACUUCUGUCGGGGCGAUUGAAGUAAACUUGUUACCUUUAACAUUAUCGGAGUGGUUGUAGCCAAUCUACAACAUUCUUGAAAUUAAGUUUGAUGUAGUUAUGACUUUCAGGAGGGUUGUAAAUUACUGAUCAGAUCUGUAUGCUAUUAAGACGAUGUUGAUGUAACUUAUGGCCAUAAGCUAGAAGAUAUGGAUUGUAUUAAGGUAUAUAAGGAUUGAUAAAGCCUACUUCUAAUUCUUUACUCUAAUAUCAAUGUAACUUCAUAAAAAAUUGUCAGCGUAGCAAGGAAGCACCUUUAUAUACUUGUGCAUUGAAUACUUUGCUGUUGUAUUCAGCUUGUUGAAUUUUUAUUUGUCCAGUUUUAUUGCAAUUUUAUAUCAUAAUAAAACAGAUAAACCUUU